AAAAAAAAAGAUUUUCUAACUUCUUUCAUUGUCACCACAUAAACUUGACACAGGAUGGAGAAAGAAAUACAAUCAGAUCUACUCCGGCUUUCGAUCUUGAUAGCAACCUCUCUGUCAACGUUAUCAGAGCCUGUUGUACCUGUCAUUCUUGAAGAUGGAAAAUCGACAGAAAAGAGCUCUGAAGAAUUAUCUCAACAAAUUCUUGGCGAUUUGAAAACAUUUAUUACAUCAGUACAAAAGACAUGCACAAAUUUGACAUUGGCUCUUCGACCAAAUGCGAAGCAACUGGAAAGUAAGGAUGCAAAGCCUAAUCCAAUUUCAGGUUUGGACGAUGCAUCUUUGACAGCGGCAAAAGCGCAAAUCAAAACAAUUCUAGAUGAUUGCAUUCCGAAGCUGAUCUUCUUGGCUCGAAAAGCAAGAACUGAAGCAACAAUCUUCCAUUACGUACCUAAGACGGAGGAAGACUUAGCCAAAGAGAAAGCCGAGAAAGAGUUCGUUAAAUCCAAAGGCGGUCAUUUCGUCAUCCCAGCUCAUGCACGCGAAACAGAAAAGCUUGAGAAGAUCCCUGGCAAAGGAUUAGGAAAAGCAUGGUCAAAGAUGGUCUCUUCUGCUGUUUUUGAAUUGCUAGAAUCGUUGGGCGAAUUGAGCAAGUCAUACAUGGACGAUCGGACAAAGGCGGUAUUACAAAAAGCAUCAGCUCAAAGAGACAAAGUGGAUGGUAUAAUUUCUUCACUUGCAGAUGACGAUAUCAUUGUUGCAAAGAAUGCAAAAGAAGCACGUCAACUCGCUUUGCAGGCAACUGCCGUCGUAUGGGAGGUAUGUGAUUCAACACUAAAUGGCUCACGCAAGCUUCUCAAUAACAAUCGCGAAGCUGUUCAAGUCUCAUGGAAAGCACGAUCUGAGGUGUUGAAGGAUGCACUCAGUGAAUUCAAGCAAGCCUUAGUAGAAGGAGAAGACGAAGGAAAAGAUGCAGAAAGCGAAAGUCUAGACGCAGACGAUCCUCUAGCCGCUUUUGAAGCGAAAAAUUUGGAUGAAAACCAGAAAGCUCAAGCAAAGAAGUAUUUGCCAUUCAUCAAAGCAUGCUGUCAAUUCCAUGGAAGUGUUGGAGAGGCAUACCUUUCAAAAGCUUCUUCUGAUGAUUUCGUCGACUUUGACGAUUUAGAUCAAGCGGCAGAAUUCAUUAUCGAAGCUGUUGAUGAUCUCAUUGCUGUUCUUUUGUAUGGGGAUAAUUUGGGUAUUGAAGAAGAGGGAGAAAACGAUGAGGAAGAAGCACAAGCUGAUUUGGAUGAUGCCAAGGAAGACUUGGUUGAUGCUAUCUGUGCUCUUCGUGAUGUCACCAUUCAGGAUAGCAAAACAGGAAGUCGCUUCGAUGAUCAGGUCAAGCAAAUCAAAGAGCUUUGAGAUAUGUUCUUUUUGUUUUUGUAGAUUAUUGCAAAAUGUAUACCCCUUUCAAUGAUGAAUUUUGCCGUUGCAUUG